AUGGGAGGGGAACACAAGUGUCCCCUGUGUGAUGCGACCUUCACCAGGCCGCAGCAUGUCGGGCGGCAUCUCCGGUCACAUACGGGAGACAAGCCAUAUGCAUGUAAGGAGUGCCCAUUGCGGUUCGCCAGAAGCGACCUUCUCUCUCGACACGUCAACAAGACCCACCGAGCGGAAGAAGAAGGAGGACCACCGAAGGAGAGCAAAAAGGGCAGGCGCAAAUCUCUCGGCUCGCACGCGGACGGUCAGCCCAUCUUGAAACCGCAAGAUAGGGCUCGGGCUGCUUCAUUCUCGCUCGGUCCUCAUAAUGCCUUUCGCCCCACCCCGCAGAGCACCACUACUGCCGCACACAAUGUCGUGCAAGCCCCCGUCUACUCCCUUCAGACCUUAUCGACCGACUACCCUGUCGCCGGCCCGAGCAAUUACAACGCCAGCGCAGACCCGCGCUCAUAUCAGAACGCACCGCCGCCACCGCAUCUUCCCCCAACAUUCUCGGAUCCUUUUGUCAAUGCCGGGAUCGCUGGGCCGGACGGGAGCAGCGUACAGACCGAGAUGCCCCCGCCGGGGUUCACAGGCGCUCCCAUGUCGAUGCAGAAUUCGGCGCAGGGGUCGUCGAGCAGCAGCAUGGGACGGAACCCUUCGGUCGGGUCUUGGGGGAGCGGGCAGACCGAGCUUCAGGCGGGCCCAAAGAAGCGGGCGUGUGAUCAGUGCAAUCACUCGAAAGUCAGGUGUGACUUUGCGGAACCGUGCUUGCGUUGUUCCAACAAGAACUUUGCUUGUUCAUACACCAAGAUCACAAAACCUCGGGCUGCCGCCAAUCCUCUCGCGGCAUUGACGACCACGGCCCAGCGUGCAUCCUUGCCGCUCCCACUCGCUGUGCUCAACACGAGCGUCUCACCGCAAUCCACCUUUUCCUCCCCCUACUCCAGCGUCAGCCCCAUCAUGCCCCAGGCCGGUCAAUAUACGGCCACCAACCCGCCACCCGUACAAAUCCAACAAGCGGUCCGGAGGACAUCAGCUGGGAACAUUCCAUCGCAAAGCCAGGUACAAUACGCCAGCUCGGUACCGACCCACCUGUACAACCUGCAUCCAUCCCAUCCGGCUCGGCAGAAUUGGCAGCUGGCGGAGGCGCAGCCCCUAUCAAACUACCCACUCACAUAUCGGCACGAGACGUACCCUCCUAUCACACACGAACAGCCGCAGACGAUCAUCCAUCCCAAUCUCUCGACAAGCUCGUACUCGUCCGUUCCUCUUGGCCAGCCCAGCUGGUCACAAGGACCGCAGGGGCUGCUGUCUUCGGUAGCGCCUCAGAGGCAGCUAUCGAACACUACAACCCUCCUAAGCGACCAAUCCUCCCCGCUCGUCCCCCUGGGGUCAACGCCGGCGCUCACGAGCCACACGACCAGUCCGUCGGGUCUGAGCGAGCCGGAGCAGCCCCGAGCCACGUCGGCCGGUCCGAUCUCGUUUGGCCAGAUAGUGGACGCCGCAGCGGGACAGGGGCGGGAAUCCUCCGUCACCCAACCCACCCCUUUACAAAAUUCGUACGACCUCCCCAUCGUCGGCGCGAUGCCGGUCUCGCUCGAUCCCGGUGCCUACCAGCCCAAUUACGCCGACGCGUCAAUGUGGAUCCCCCCUCCUCCUCUUGCGGCUGGCACCGAAGCAUCCGUGUCUGCCCCCGAGGCGCCCCUGGACCAGAUGUACCACUUCCGUACAAACGGCGAUCCUCGGGCAUAUGAUGAGGACGACGCCACCGCCUCGCAAGCGGGAUCAUCGGUCAACCUAUCAUCCUUCCUUGACAUGGACGAGGCGACCUUCCAGCAAACACUUGAACAUCGGCGUCGGGCAAGUCUGAAUGGCGGGGUCUGGGCCACAGCGUUCAACAACAUGACGCUGCAUGACUCGGCUGGCAACCCUAUUCCUUCGGGUCUGCCCAUGGCGCCGGGACAACUCUUCACCUCCGGCCAGUAUCAGUACGAGCAGAAACGGCCGACCAUGCUCGCUACGGCCGGUGACCACGCUACGGAUCCUGCUGGCCGCAUGCCGAGCAUGUCGGACGUCAAGGAUCUGUGGAAGCUGUUCAUGACGGAGCCAAUUACCGGUCCGACGCCUCGGAAAGAGAAGAAUAGCUUCCUCGAGUCUGGAACGGCGGCGCUGCCUAUCCAGACACCUCGGCCGGGUAUGGGAUUGCGGACGCUGUCAAAGUCCAAUUCCAUGCCGGACUUGACGUCCCCGCUUCUAGGGAACCACACCUUCUUCAGCAAUUACUACAACCCCCUGGCGCCUCGCCUCGGUGAUGGCGGCUUUGGCGGCACAACGCCGAUGCCUGUUCCUUCACAUGGUGCACGGGUGGCCGGUAGGGCCGCGCCGGAGGAGGGAGACGGCAAGGAGACAGCCGUGGCGGAUGAUGUGUCGAAUGAGUGGAAGAAGGAAAUCAAGCAGCGCCAGGCUUCCUUCAACAUGUCGAUGCAGCACCCGGGCAUCAACGGUAAACGGGGCAAGACAGGCGCUUCCUCUUCCCUCUCUCCCGCCGAAUUCCCAUUCGACCAGUCUCAACCCCAAGCGCAACCCCCUGCAUCCGCGCCAUCCCCUUCUUUCCCCGACUACGCUCUUCUCCCUACCUCCUCCGCCCCUGCUCUCGGCCCGGACCCCGUCGCCCGACCCAUAGCGAGCGUCUUCAAGCGCAAUCAGGCUCUCGAUCAGACCUUGGGUCCAGAACGGGCUCCCUCGUUUGGAAUCCACGGCCAAUUCGACCUCGGCGGCGGGAUUACUCCUACUUCGGCGACAUUCCCACGCAUCAUGUCGCAAUACCAACAACAACUGUCUAAUCUCCAUCAUCAGACUCCUGUCCAGGUCCGACAGCCGUCCCACCUCGCCCCAGCGCAGAUGUACGCGAAUUAUACGCACACCCAACAGCCCGGCGGGAAGGUGACGAGCGCGUCGGCUCGGCCGGGGAAUAAACGGCUCGCGAGUCAGACGUUGACUGGGGCGGAUGGGAAACGGGCGAGCUUUUCCAUGUUUGAUGGAGAGGAUGAAGGGGAUGAGGAGGGAGAGGGUGCGGCGGGAAUGUACGGGGAGUCUACAUUCGGAGUGGGGACGGGAGGGGCGGGGCUAGGAAGUGGGUCAUUGGCGGUACCCGUAGGAUGGCAGAGUACGAAUGCUUGA